AUGAUGGAAAGAGAAGGACCUUCGGAUUGGAAAAGCAUGCCCGUGGAGGUGCUUGAGGAUAUCUUCCAGCGACUUCCUGUCAAGAACAAGGGGAGAUGCUCUCAGGUUGGCCUUUUCUCCAUUCUUCCUUUCCUUGCAGCAACAAUUGAGCAACAUUCAUCGUAAAACAAGAAUUCUUCUAGGUGUGCCGUCAGUGGCGCAAAGGCUUCAACUCGUCCGUCUCCUGGCGCACAUUCACUUUCAAAGACGGAAUCUUUGUCCGCCGCAAAUAUACGCAGCACUCCGGGUGGCAAUAUCACAUUGAUCAUUGGCGUCUCAGGUAAGCCACAUGAUCCGUUUGUGGAACUGUCAACAGAUGGCCGAGUGAAAAACAGACGCGAAAAUUUUGUUUUUGUUGAAUUGGUCCUCUUUUUUUUUUAGCGAUGUGGUACUUUUCCGUCCGACACCGUAAAUAUUUUUAACAUAAGGACGAGGAGAAGGGGAUUGUUGGGAAAUACUUACAAGGGAACUUAAUUUACAUAGUUGGACUUCUGGCCGCGGCAACUGUUCCAGUUGGAACAGUUGGAGCGAAUGGGAAUCUAGCUCCUGUUUUUGAAAAGCUUUUUUGACAAAAUCUGGACUUACGGCCUGAUGCUUUUCUGACAACCGUUCUUUUUGAAAAACAACAAAUGGGGUAAUAAGAAAGGAAUUGGAUACUGUGUAAACCUCAAUUAUUUUCAGAAAUCUUAUCACCAACACCACGAACCACUGGAGAACUCUCAUCAUCGAGCCAGUCACCAACAUUUUCAAUCUUUAUGAGUUCUUCAGAGUGCUCGCCAACUACGCGGAAUACUAUGAGAAGUAGGAGCCUAUUCAAUAGUCCUCCUCAUGUGAUCCGUUUCAGAUUCAGUAUGAAAGAGCGUCCACAGGCGAAAAUCCACACAUUCGACUUCAAAUGGCACCUCCACAUCGAGAACAACGAAGUUGGAGGAAUUGAAGACAAGGAUGUGGGCACUGGCGGACAGAUUCUGUACAGUCUGGGCAAUGUGCUCAAAUAUCUGCAUGGCCUGCAGUCGUUGAGCUUGGCGGACCUGCAGCUCACUCAGGCAGAGGCCGAUGACUUCCUGAACACAGUUAGUAGAACAGAUCUUUCGUCGCUUUGCAUGUUUUUCAUUUCAUUUCUAUUCUCACUGUCUUCGCUGCUUUUCCCGGAUUUAUUGUAUCAUUUUUCCAGCUUCUGGAAAAAUUCUGGGAUAAGUUGACGUAUUUGUCUCUUCUGAACGUGACCCUCCAACCGAAGCCCGUGCUUCAAGUCGGAUGUUUUCUGAAACUCAGAAAACUGCUGGUGUCGCCGCAGAUGCUGAGCUCUGAAACGCUUUCGCUCCUCGCUUGCCUCGAGCAUCUGGAGACCCUCUCCAUUGUUCAGGUAACAAUAGGACGUCCCUUUUCUCACAGGGGUGUGCGGAAUCUGGAAGGAGCGGGCUCUGCGGGCAGAAUCAUCAGAUGGUGCAUUUUGGGAGAGUUCGGUUUUCCGGGGCGCUCGUCCGAAUGAAAACCGUCUGGAACUGCACUCUUUGGAACUUUUGUAUGGGCUUAAAAUUACGGUUCUCGGUAGAGCAUUUUUUUUGUUACGGGGCAUACGGUUCUCAAUCUGAUAGAUCCAAUAGAGUUAGUUUUGCUACUGAAACAGUUCUGAUGCGUUCCAGGUCAGUUUCGGACGGUUCACAUUCGGGAUAGUGCUGUGGAAAGUUAGCAGAGCCUCACAUUUAUCAAGAUUUUGUGAUUGUAUACUUGCCAGUCACAAAUUUGUUCUGAAGAAAUUCUUCAAAACGCUCGGGGAUUACUCGAACCAAUUGGGCUUGAACACACGUGAUCCGCACACCCCUGACCCCUUGUCCACCUACUCGAUUACUGGCUCCCUUUCAUCCUCGACAUUUCAGGAUGAAAAGAGUAGCCAGUCGACGGAUAUCAGCCGACAUGCGUGGAAUAUGUUCACCCACCAGAACAUGGAUCGAACGCGUGUCUGGCUUAUCCUCCGAGGUCGGCGUUGCAAGUUUCUUUCAUUUUAAUCUCAACCAAGGGGGGGGGGGUCCCUUUAUCCAAACAAGGGGUUCAAGUAGUGUGGGCUCAAAGCUCGGCUGGAUAAUAAUUGUGUACAAUCGAAUCACCUGUGCAGUAUAAUUUUCGUGAUAGUUUUUAGCCAGACAACUACCCACUCUGUUCAGUUGUCAAAAACAUGAACAUGUGGAAUCAGACGGUUCAUUACGUGAUAAUAAAUGUGAAAUUAUAGGCAAACCAAAAACAUCGCUGAUUAUUCAGCCAGGCGCGCCGGUCUACGGCAUCCGCAUGGAAGAGAGCGCCGGUCAACUGACCAUGGAGCUUGCCGAGCAGGUUUAGAGUAAUAUCGAGAAUUUGGUCGAAAUAAUAAGAUUUAGAUUGCAAACUUCUACUCUGGCACCUUGCGACACUUCAUUCAGUGCGGAUUGGAGAGAAUGAAGCGGGGAAAGACGAUGGAGGAGCGUGUGGACUCGGCACUCAUUGAAGUUGUCAGCAGGUACUGUAUACUUUGCAUGUGACACACAUAGUUUCUCCAUUUCGCCCCCUUAAGCCUAGCCUAGGAAGAUCUUUCUGAAACUUUCGUAGGCGGAUUUCCCGAUGAUGGCAUGAUCAUUCAUUUCCAUCCGAUAGUCAGAAAAUGUUUUCCGGGCACGUCUGACACUUAAAAUCCAGCUUAAGAAUUGCGUGAAAUGCGGAUUGAAAUAGAAAUAAACUUGGGAAUGAUGAUCAUUGAACUGAUUCCAGAUGCCAGCUACUGGAAAGAGUCGCUUGCCGCGAAAGAUUCUCCUACGGAACGGCGGUCAUUCUGUCCGUUUAUGCGGAAAGAUACGGAAUCAACUUGUGGAUGAGAAAGAACGCUCUGUUGAGAAGAGUAAGAACAACGCGCUGGGGAUAUUGAGGAAUUACUACAUGAAUUUUCAGAUCUGCUGGUGCCGCACCGACAUGAAGUCAUAUGGAAUCUCGUUCGACUGGCUCAAAUCAAGAACCCGCUCCGAGGAACUGGUCAUCGAGACGGUGCACUGCAGUACCGGACAACCGAUGGCUGUUCUGGAUGAUAAAUCUUACAGAGCUCUCAAGAUUUGA